UACAAGAUGGGUGUAAAUAAAUUCACUGACUUGACUCCAGAGGAAUUUAAAAGGCUUAUGCUUCCAAGCCUUAAUACAAAUCAUUCACUGGAAGGUAUCGAUUAUAUUUACAAUCCUUCUGCCAAGAAGAACCUUCCAAGUGAAGUUGAUUAUCGUGUUAAGGGUGCUGUUAACCCUGUUAAAGAUCAAGGCCAAUGCGGCUCCUGUUGGGCUUUCUCUGCCGUAGGUUCUCUGGAAAGUCAGUACUUCAUACACAAAGGAAAGAGUGUAUCUCUGUCUGAGCAAAAUCUGAUGGACUGCUCAAGUGACGAUUCCUACGACAACGACGGUUGUGAUGGCGGUUCGCCGAUUGAAGCAUUGAAUUAUGUUAAGGACAAUGGUGGAAUAGAUACAGAAAGUUCUUAUCCGUAUGAAGAAACAGAUGACGAUUGCAGUUAUGAUGAGGACGACGUAGGAGCACAAAUCUCGGGAGUUUCACAAAUUGAAAGUGGAAAUGAAGACGCAUUGGCAGACGCCGUCGCCAAUAAAGGACCCAUCUCGGUAUGUGUCGAUGCCUCCUUCUUCCAAAAUUAUGAAGGUGGCGUCUUAAAUGAACCAUCGUGCUCUCAAGAUACAGACCAUGCUGUAGUUAUUAUUGGCUAUGGCACCGAUCCAGCUGAUGGAGAUUAUUGGUUGGUGAGGAACUCUUGGGGCGAGGAUUGGGGUGAAGACGGAUACAUUCGCAUGGCUCGCAAUUGUGACAAUCAAUGCGGUAUUGCCAAUUCAGCCAUUUAUCCAUUAGUUUAAAGAACACUAUAUUAUUAUAUUCACUUAUUUGUAAAUAAAUUAAAUAAUUUAAAAUUUUCAGCGCUCUGUAUAGUAAUUUUG